UUUUACGUUUUUAUAUAUUUAUAAAAUGGAUGAUGAAGAUGAGGUUUCCAAGAGUGUGUAUGAAGGGGGACAUUGGGUUUGGAAUGAGGAGGCAGAGGAAUUACAAUUUAUUAGCGACUUGAAGUUAGUAGAAGAAAGCUUCGAACUGUUACCAACUUCUGUAGCCAAUGUGGAAUUCAAAGAUGACAUCGAUUUAUUGGAACAGCAAAAGUUCCGAAAAUAUCUACAAAGAAAAACAGAAGCAAUCGAUUUCGUUACGCUUCAGGAUGUGAAAGACGUUGUACUUUUCACUGCACCAAUAGCAGUAAUGUCUUCAUCCCUGAUUAAAAUGCUACAUCAUUGCACAACUGAACGGUUCUUGAGAGCAUUGAUUUUAUACACCCAGUACUAUUUACAGAUGAAAUGAGUCAUCGUACGUUGGAAUUAGAAACGAAAAUUCGGACUGAGAACAGCGAUAAAAUCGAAAUGAAAUACCGAGAAGACCUAGAAGAUUUA